CUGGACGGGAGAGGAGUGGAGUGUGUCCGCGCUGCCAGCCUGCCCCGUCCCGUCCCGAGCCGACCGGGCAGCGCUCGGGGGCAGCCGCCGCCCCAUGCGCUGAGGGGCGGCGGGAUGGGGCCGCGGGGCACCGGCGGCCGGGCCGGCCGCACCGGGGCGCCGGCUCCCGGCUGGACGUGCCUGCUGCCGCUGCUGCUGUGCACCGCGCUCCGGAGCCUGCGGGCCAGCCCCGGCAACGAGGUGAAUUUGCUGGACUCACGUACAGUAAUGGGGGAUCUAGGAUGGAUAGCCUACCCAAAAAAUGGGUGGGAAGAAAUUGGUGAGGUGGAUGAAAACUACGCUCCGAUACACACAUACCAAGUAUGCAAGGUAAUGGAACAAAAUCAGAACAACUGGCUUCUGACCAGCUGGAUCUCUAAUGAAGGGGCAUCCCGCAUCUUCAUUGAGCUCAAAUUCACCCUGAGGGACUGUAACAGCCUUCCAGGAGGACUUGGGACUUGCAAAGAGACUUUUAACAUGUAUUACUUCGAAUCAGAUGAUGAAGAUGGGAGGAACAUCAAAGAAAACCAGUACAUCAAGAUUGAUACUAUUGCUGCUGAUGAGAGUUUCACAGAGUUAGACCUUGGUGAUAGAGUUAUGAAGCUAAACACAGAGGUGAGAGAUGUUGGGCCCUUAACAAAAAAGGGAUUUUACCUCGCUUUCCAGGAUGUGGGUGCCUGCAUUGCCCUGGUCUCCGUGCGUGUGUACUACAAGAAAUGCCCAUCAGUAAUCCGCAACCUGGCCCGCUUUCCUGACACCAUUACAGGUGCGGACUCCUCGCAGCUCCUGGAGGUGUCAGGUGUCUGCAUCAACCACUCAGUGACUGAGGAGGCACCAAAGAUGCACUGCAGUGCUGAGGGGGAAUGGCUGGUGCCCAUCGGGAAGUGCUUGUGCCAGGCAGGGUACGAGGAGAAGAACAACACCUGCCAAGUAUGCAGACCUGGGUUCUUCAAAGCUUCACCCCACAGUCCAUCCUGCAGCAAAUGUCCCCCCCACAGCUACACGCUUGAUGAAGCAUCCACAUCUUGCCUGUGUGAAGAACACUAUUUUAGGAAGGAAUCAGACCCACCUACAAUGGCCUGUACAAGACCCCCCUCUGCUCCUCGGAGUGCCAUCUCAAAUGUUAACGAGACUAGUGUCUUUCUGGAAUGGAUUCCCCCUGCUGAUACUGGUGGAAGGAAAGAUGUGUCUUAUUAUAUUGCAUGCAAGAAGUGCAGCUCACACUCGGGUCUGUGUGAGGCGUGUGGCGGUCAUGUCAGGUACCUUCCCCAGCAAACCGGCCUGAAAAACACCUCUGUCAUGAUGGUGGAUCUACUUGCUCAUACAAACUAUACCUUUGAAAUUGAGGCAGUGAAUGGAGUGUCCGACCAGAACCCCGGAGCCCGGCAGUUUGUGUCUGUAAAUGUAACCACAAACCAGGCAGCACCUUCUCCAGUCAGUAGUGUGAAAAAAGGGAAGAUAACUAAAAAUAGCAUCUCCCUUUCCUGGCAGGAGCCAGAUCGACCCAACGGCAUCAUCCUGGAAUACGAAAUCAAAUAUUUUGAAAAGGACCAGGAGACGAGCUACACCAUCAUCAAAUCCAAAGAGACAGCAAUUACAGCAGACGGCUUGAAACCAGGUUCAGCGUACGUCUUCCAGAUCCGAGCCCGGACAGCUGCCGGCUAUGGUGGCUUCAGCCGAAGAUUUGAGUUUGAAACCAGCCCAGUGUCAGUAGCUGCAUCCAGCGACCAGAGCCAGAUUCCUAUAAUUGUUGUGUCUGUAACAGUGGGAGUCAUUCUGCUGGCUGUGGUUAUCGGUUUCCUUCUCAGUGGAAGUUGCUGCGAUCAUGGCUGUGGGUGGGCUUCUUCUCUUCGUGCUGUUGCCUAUCCGAGCCUAACAUGGCGAUGUGGCUAUAGCAAGGCUAAACAAGAUCCAGAAGAAGAAAAGAUGCAUUUUCAUAACGGCCACAUUAAACUGCCUGGAGUAAGGACCUACAUUGAUCCCCACACCUAUGAGGACCCUAAUCAAGCUGUCCACGAAUUUGCAAAGGAAAUUGAAGCUUCAUGCAUAACUAUUGAAAGAGUUAUUGGAGCUGGUGAAUUUGGGGAAGUCUGCAGUGGGCGGCUGAAGCUGCAGGGAAAGCGUGAGUUUCCAGUGGCUAUCAAAACCCUGAAGGUGGGCUACACGGAGAAACAGAGAAGAGAUUUCUUGGGAGAAGCAAGCAUCAUGGGGCAGUUUGACCACCCCAACAUCAUCCACCUGGAAGGUGUCGUCACAAAAAGCAAACCAGUAAUGAUAGUGACUGAAUACAUGGAGAAUGGUUCUCUGGAUACAUUUUUAAAGAAGAAUGAUGGGCAGUUCACAGUCAUUCAGCUGGUUGGGAUGCUACGAGGCAUUGCAUCAGGAAUGAAGUACCUGUCUGACAUGGGUUAUGUACACAGGGAUCUGGCCGCCAGGAAUAUCCUGAUCAACAGUAACUUAGUCUGCAAGGUGUCAGACUUUGGCCUCUCCAGAGUCCUAGAAGAUGACCCUGAAGCAGCAUACACGACUAGGGGAGGGAAGAUCCCCAUCCGAUGGACAGCACCUGAAGCAAUUGCCUUCCGCAAAUUCACAUCGGCCAGCGACGUCUGGAGCUAUGGCAUUGUAAUGUGGGAGGUGAUGUCCUACGGCGAGAGGCCUUACUGGGAAAUGACAAACCAAGAUGUGAUUAAAGCUGUGGAGGAAGGCUAUCGCCUGCCAAGUCCCAUGGACUGCCCUGCUGCUCUUUACCAACUGAUGCUUGACUGCUGGCAGAAAGACCGCAACAGCAGGCCCAAGUUUGACGAAAUUGUCAGCAUGUUGGACAAGCUCAUCCGUAACCCAAGCAGCUUGAAGACGUUGGUUAAUGCAUCGAGCAGAGUAUCAAAUCUGUUGGUAGAGCACAGUCCAGUUGGGAGUGGUGCCUACAGGUCAGUGGGUGAGUGGCUGGAAGCCAUCAAAAUGGGCCGAUACACAGAGAUCUUCAUGGAGAAUGGAUACAGUUCAAUGGAUGCAGUGGCUCAGGUGACUCUAGAGGAUUUGAGACGCCUGGGAGUGACACUUGUUGGUCACCAGAAGAAGAUAAUGAACAGCCUUCAAGAGAUGAAGGUCCAGUUGGUGAAUGGGAUGGUGCCAUUGUAACUCGGUUUUAAAGUUGCUUCCUCAAGUGGGUCGGUCCUGCACUUUGUACACUAGCCCUGAGAUUUAUUUUGACUAAAAAAAAACACAAGAAAAGAUAAAAAGGGAAAUUCAGUGGUUCCUAUAACUGAAGGACAUUGGCCUCUGACGCAGCGUUUCUAAAGCAGUGUUUGACUAAAGUUUUCCUUCCUAUUUGUGUUCUCAUUUUCAUGAAGUCAGUGUAAGAUGCAUGGAACAUGGAAACGAAUCUGCUGUGUACAUGAGGUUAACCAGUCUCUUAAGCUUCAGCGGUGAUAACAACAAGCCUCCCCACCACACGUUGUCGUACGUGGGAGGUACACAUAUAGCACCUUUACAUACUGAAUUACAGCAGCACAUGGUAAUACUUCCAAGGACUGACUUGAGCAGAAGAUUUUUGUAGCCGUUCAUGGGCUCCCAAUAGCUGCAGUUUGCUGAAGUUUAACUUCAAGUCUUACUUGUCUACAGAAGUGUAUUGAAGAGCAAUAUUAGAUUAUUUCUCAAUAGAUAUUUUGUUCUGUAAAUUUAAAGAAAAGAAAAAAAUGCUGUUACACAGCAUUAAGUUAUAGAGACUAGCAUAUAAACGUUGCUUGCUCCAUGGCAAAUACAAUACAGGGUGUAUAUAUAUUUUUUUUCUUUCCUCUGUGUUACCAAGUUCUUUUUUUUUGCUCUUCGGGGAGGAUAAUAUGUGAUGAAGAUGUAUAUACUGUACAGUUUGCUACGCAUCAGGUACAAGAGUGGGGCUCUUUCCUUGGUUUAUUCUUUUUUUCCCCUCUUUCACUUUGUUUUGUCUCCCUUUUGUGUUACCCCUAUGCUUUGUAUUUUUGCUGCUGUUUCAUUUGAGCAACAUGUAACACCUUCAGAAGUUUUGAUUGCGUAUAUGAGGUAGAAGGACUCUGCUUAAAUAAAAGAUGUUGCCCCCUCUUCCUUCCCACUAUGGGCUGGGGACAUCCAGAAGAAAAGUUCUGGUUCUUGGUGGCCUCCAGCAACAACAUGGCAUCGAUUUUCCUGUGUCCUGGGCAAGUGUGGGCUUGCCUCUGCACCAGCAUUUUAGCCCAGUAGCUGCCAUCCAGUGCAGCCAUCACCUCUGUUCCCAGAGCCCAGGAGAGAAAGCAUGAGGGAGUUUUAGCUGGAAGGAAGGGAUUUUACUGUUCCUCUACUCAUGAUGGGGGUUAAGUCCUGGAUCACAGUGUGCAAAGGAACUCAUGGUAAUCCAGCACGGAGAUUUUGUAGUAUUUCUUCCACGGUGGAGGUGGGAUUAUUUUUGGAGCUGUGCUGUCCCAGGUUGUCUCUCCAUGGAUUUUUGGUUUGGCUAUGGACCUGGUCAUUUGGGGGCAGAGCACAGAGGGGAGGUAAGAGCGGAGCGGCCCAACAUGGUCACAGUGAUGGCAUCCUGAGGGUGAGGAGAUCCCAUUUAUCUGGGAAUGAGUGGCACCCGAGCAUGGCUCGAGUCACCACUAGGUUGUAGCUGAGGCUCAGUGUGUCCAUUAAUGCCUAUGGCUGCUAUUUUCAGAGGGACCUAAGGGCAAUCCGAUCCCCCAGGAAUCACAUCAAGAAACAGUUUGGGGCUGUCCUUCUCCUUUUUUCUGUAUAUGAGAUUAAUCAGCACCGUUAAUUUGGUUUUCAUAAGUUGGACUUCUAUUUUGUGAAGACUUUGAUAAAAAUUUUUUUUUGCUGUUUCUGUAGAUGUAUUGCUUCCUUAGAGGUUGGGUAGCAUCUUGGGGCAUCCUUCCUUGGCAAUAACAUCAGUGUACUGAGUUGCUGUGGCUCCCUUUGUCCCCAGUGCUGCAGAGCAGAGCCCAGGUAGCUCUUGCAGUGCCUAAAGGAGACCUGUGUCCUUCAUGUCUUGCAGAGGCAGGUGUUGCAAGACACCUUCAGCUGUUUCAAAGUCUUUCUUCCAUUUCCCCUAAGCAUUUGCAUAAGAUUUGAUACAAAGAACGUUUUUUAAAGGAAAGGGAAAUGUCUAAGAAAAGAGGGCUGAGUGUGGUUUUUUUUCUUAGCAGCAGGGCUUCUUUAGGCAAUAUUUGCCUGUUCUGAAAUGGCCUCCUCCUACUCUGCAAGCUACUGCUGAGUUCCUCAGCAACUGGAAGAAGUAGGAGGGAGAGGAGCCAAGGCAAGGUCUAACAAAUCUUGAUGGUGUUAUUUCUCAUCCUGUUGUUUCAUUUUAGCAGCCACCAGACCACAAAAGAGGAAGGGGGUAUCAAGACAUAACAAUUUCAGCACGGAAAAGAGAUUUGUCAUAUAAUAAAUAAGAUUAUUAGAGCUGUCAGCAGAACAGUCUUGGGAUUAUUUGUGCCUCCCUGUCUGCAAAGCUUGGGAAAAUAACCUGUAGGAAGACAGAAACAACUCAUUUCAUCAUAAGGAACCGUUUAUUUCCCUGCAUCCAUUGGCAGCACCAGGAUGCUAUUAAGCAAAUAUGGAGCACUUUCUGCCCAUCAUCUCCACUCAUUCCUUACCUGUUGGCUCUGUGGGAGGAGUUGGGUUUGGUCUUUUUGGUCUUUUUGGUCUUUUUCCGGGCUUUUAACAGCAAAAUCCCCUUUUCAUCAUUUGUAUGGCUGGCGUGCAUACCAGAUGCUGGAAUAACCUUCAAAAUGAGGAACCGGUGGAAAACAAAAUUGUUCUUAAGCCAGAUUGCAUUUGUAAAUAGGGCACCUCUUUUUGCUUCCUCCAAUAAAUAAAUAAAUAACCUUUUCUAUUUAUUUCAAGAGCUGUUUUUGCUACAGAUCUCUAUAUAACAGACUUUUGUUCGGAGCCAAAAGUAAAAUAAAAUGGUGCUUUAAUGAGUAGUGUCCAAAAGUUACAGCUUCUGUAUCCAUGGGCGAAUUCCAGAGACAAUGGAGGUUUUCAGUUCCCAUCCAAGAACUGCAAGUACUCAAUAUGUUGGGCAUGAUCAUAGGUACUGGGGUGCAGCAGAACAAGAUGACAGCAACGUUUUGCUGGUUGUGCUCUUGGUAAGGGCUGCAGGUGGAUUUCCUGCCUAUGGUAAGUCCAAGCACUUUGCUUUUCCAGCUCGCUACUGCUGUGGCUGAGACAAUGAAUUCAUUUUUUCCGAAGUAUAUUUUGCUGAUAAUUGCAAGGAAGGUAUUUUAAAGGAUCUGGGAGGUAAAAUGGCUCUUUCUGAUACAGUUUUUCACUUUGGGAGAAGGAAGUGUCCCCAAGAAUGGCUUGUGUGGAUUGACACCUUUUCAUUGUGCAGCUACCACUUGGAAAAACUACCUGAGCAUUAAAAAGGAAGACUGAUCUAAGAGGGAAAAAAUUCAGUUUAAAAUUUUUUUUCUAUGUUAAUGGUAAGAAGAAAAAAAAUGAAGGUAAAAAUUUUUUUUGUCUAUUCAGUGUUGAAUAUAAUGUAGAAAGUCCCAGUGGCCAAGAAAUUGUGACUCCUUGGACUGCUGUGGGCUUGAAAUUAGUUGUUAAAGCAUAUGUAAAAUACAUCAGUAGCAGUCUUAAAAUAAACACUUAGUUUCCAAUCCUUUAUCAUAACUCCUUAGGGCAGGUAGGGCAGGAGCUGGUGCAUCCAGCACUGCCAGAGCCGCAGCAUCCAUCUCAGCUCCUUGCAUCAGUGUUUUAACUUACAGGAGACUGUAGCAUUGCUGUAUUUAUUCCUCCCCCCUUCUCCCUCCUUGGAUGCUCUCUGUGCAUUUUGUUUGUGUACAUGUUUGGGUUUUUUUGUAGUGUAAGAUACGAAAUUUUCUAUUUUUUCAUAAAAAUAAAACCCUUUGACUAACAGCAA